GCAAGCAUAAAGUGAAAGCCAAGGGCCAGCUACGAAGAGCCGGAGGGAAGAUAUGGGCCGAUCCAACCCUAUCAGAAUGGCCCAGCGAUGAUUUCCGGAUAUUCUGUGGCGACUUGGGUAACGAGGUAACGGAUGAGUUGUUGUUGAGCUCCUUCAAACAGUACUCUAGUUUGCAGAUGGCCAAGAUCGUUAGGGAUAAACGAUCGGGGAAAAGCAAAGGCUUUGGUUUCUUGAGCUUUCGCGAUCCCGAAGACAUGAUUAAGGCGUUGAAGGAGAUGAACCACAAAUACGUUGGUAACAGGCCUAUUACGUUGAAGAGGAGCAAGUGGAAGGAUAAGAACAUAGGUAGUAGCCGAGGGAGUCUGGAUUGGAAAAUAUGCACAUGA